AUGGCGGAAGAGGAUAAGAAAAUUGACGAUUCAAAACAACCUAUUUUUUUGAAUUUGAGUGCUGAUAAUCCAGAAACAGUUCUAACUGAAAGUUUAUGUGGCAAUUGUCUUAAAAAUGGUGAAACUCGUAUCUUGUUGACUAAAAUUCCUCACUACAAAGAGAUUGUUUUAAUGUCGUUUAAUUGUCCGCAUUGUGGGAAUGAAAACAAUGAAAUACAAAAAUCUGGGAUUAUAAGCGAUAAAGGAAUAAGAAUAAAACUUACAAUAACAACAGAAAAAGACCUGAAUCGUCAAGUUGUUAAAUCCGAUUAUACGAGUAUUAAAAUUCCUAAAUUAGAUUUUGAAAUUCCAGCUCAGUCUCAAAAAGGCGAGCAAGACCAGCCGAGAAGACGUGAAGAAAAUCCCGAAAUAGCUAUUGAUAUCGAUCUCUUUCUUGCCAAGUUACGUGGGCUUAAAGUUAUCGAUGAACCAUUUGAUAUUAUCUUUGAAGACAUUUCUGGCGAAGUUUAUGUUGAAAAUCCAAAUGCUCCACACCCAGACAGAAAUUGUAAAAUUUCUCAUUUCGUAAGAUCUCAAGCACAAGAUAAUUUAUUAGGAAUUUAUUCAGAGUAUAACAAUGAACUAUUGAAACCUGUUGACAAAGAUGAAUUUACGUAUGAAGAUAUGCAAAAUGAAGUUCUACAAUUUCCAACUAAUUGUCCUGAGUGUAGCUGUCCGUGCAGUACAAACAUGAAAGUAACUAAAAUACCACACUUCAAGGAAGUCGUAAUAAUGGCAACAAAUUGCGACUCAUGUGGUCACCGGACUAAUGAGGUCAAGAGUGGUAGUGGAAUUGAACCCGAGGGUGUGAGAAUAGAAAUCUUAGUAAAAGGUAAAGAUGAUUUUGGUCGUGACGUUUUAAAGUCAGAUACCUGUUCCAUGGAAAUACCAGAGCUCGAUUUAGAAGUUGGUCCAGCAGCGUUGGGGGGACGUUUUACUACGGUCGAAGGAAUUAUUGCUGCGACCAGAGAACAAUUAUCAUGCGGGUCGGCAUUUGGCGAUAGUAAAGAUUCCGAGGCUGUUAAGCGAAUGGAUGAUUUUAUUGCUGAAUUAGAUAAGGUGUUGAAUGGUGAACGUGAGGUUACUAUCAUUCUUGAUGAUCCUGCAGGGAAUAGUUAUAUUCAGAGUCUUGCUGAUGUUGGUUGUGAUGAGAGACUUAAAAUUGAAAAGUAUACCAGGAAUGAGGAACAAAACGAGGAGCUUGGAUUAAAUGACAUGAAGGUCGAGAAUUAUUGA